AUGGAACAAGAACACAGAAACAGCAAUACCAGCAGCGACAACGACCACGAAAGAGAGGUGGCCAUGGGCCAGGAGGAUCAAGACAGCCAAGACGAAUAUGGUAACGAGGUCAAUAUGUACGACGUGACCAUCGACUUGGGGAAGACUGGCGUGGUGGAGCGUCGUGGUAUCAUGGAAGUCCGUUGCCGAUCCCGUGAGGUCGUCCAUGGACGGCUAGAGCCCGGUAUUGGCAAAUAUGCCACCCUGCUGGUCUACGAUGUCAGCUUCAAGACUAUCAAGAAGUCACGACGUGUUACCUGGGUCAAGGUUGAGUUCACUUUUGCCAGCAGCGAAGGCAACAGUCGGAUGCCGGAAGUAUGGUCGAUAGCGCCCGCCGGCACAGUCCCUUUACUCCAGUCCAGCCAGGAAGAAACGGUCCGCACACUGAGCAAGCUGACGGCGGGAGCACCGGAGCUGCUUGCCAACGUCAACGCGUCCAUCGAGCGGGAAAAAACAGUCACCAAGAUGACCAGCGACUCUGCUCGGGUGAUUGGCAUCACCACGUGUGACGAAUUUGGCCAGCAGGUGGGGGCGAGUUGGAUCAUGGAGGAAAACAAGGCUCUCAAGUCGGGGGUGCCGAGCCUUAUCCGGUGUGUCAUGUUGGUCAGGCGCAGAGACAAUAGGCGGUUCGAGUGCAAUGUGUCCAUCGACACAAAGGCAGACUGGAAGACGGAACUUGGCCGGUUGGUGGGCUCGACAAGAGAAACCGACGACCCGGUCUACUUUGACCCGCAACUGCCCCCGUUCAGCAGGCUGCGAAAAGUCGAUGAGUACGACCUGGCCAACCUCUUGUCUGUCGACCUGGACGCACUUGCCGAGAUUCGGUUCUAG